AACUCGGGCUGGGGCAGGGGAAGGGAAGGGGCAGCGACCCCGGAGGUGAUGAAGUCACCGUAAAUGCGCUCAAAAGGGAGCGCUGACUGCGGCAGCCCCGCAGAGGGGAAGCCGAGCCCAGCCAAGCUCAGCCCGGCCAAGCUCAGCCCGGCCAAGCCCAGCCCAGCCAAGCUCAGCCCAGCCAAGCUCAGCCCGGCCAAGCUCAGCUCAGCCAAGCCCAGCUCAGCUCAGCUCAGCUCAGCCAAGCUCAGCCCGGCCAAGCUCAGCCCAGCCAGCUCAGCCCAGCCAAGCUCAGCUCAGCCAAGCUCAGCCCAGCCAAGCCCAGCCCAGCCCAGCUCAGCAUGAGCGUGCCCGGGGCGCUGCUCACCGUGCCGCUGCUCCUGCUGCAAGGGGGGUUUCCAGGGGCUGCCAGUGACUCUGUGGCUCUGAAGGAAGGAGAAAAUCUAAACCUCAACUGCACCUUCAGCUCCCCCAGCAGCAGCAACUUCACCCUGCAGUGGCUGAACCCUCGGAAUUUCACCAUUUUCCUCAACGCCCAGCAGGUCCUAAGGGACCAGAGGUACAAACUGCUCCGUUAUGCCAAGGAUGAGUUAUCCAUCCAGCUCUCCAACCUGACCCAGCAGGAUGAAGGAAUUUACAGAUGCUUGCACUACACCAGGCACGUCAAAACCAAGAGCCAGAAUGUUGAGAUUUUGGCUGCUCCUUCCCCCCCCGAGCUGGAGAUAUCCCAGGAUGAAGGAGGAGGCGUCCAGCUCUGCUGCCUCAGCCAGGGGGGCAGACCCCAGCCCCACAUCUCCUGGCUCCUGGACGGCGGGCUUGAGCUCCCAGGUGACACCAGGCACCAGCUGGGAGCUGAUGGGAAGUCAUGGAGCUCAAGGAGCACCCUGAGGAUCCUCAGCUACAGCCCCACAGUGACAGCCAGCUGCAUCAUCCAGCACCCUGCCCUCGGGCCACGGAGCCUGGUGGCAUCUUUCCCCUUCCAGGACCUGCCCAGCUCAGGCUGCAAACGAGCAAGCAGACCUUCAGAGGAUGCAGAAGUUCCCAGCCCUUCAGAGAACCCAGCAGUUGCCAGUUCUUCAGAGAAUCCAGCAGGUACCAGCCCCUCUGCAUCCCCAGGGAAUCCAGAACUCUCCAGCCCCUCUGCAUCCCCAGGGAAUCAUGAAAUUUGCAACCCUUCUGCAUCCUCAAAAGAUCCAGAAGUUUCCAGCCCUUCUGCAUCCCCAGAGAAUCCAGAACUCUCCAGCCCCUCUGCAACCCCAAAUGAUCCAGGAGUUUCAAGUCUUUCUGCAUCCCCAAAAGAUCCAGAGGAUUCCAGCCCCUCUUCAUCCCCAGAGAAUCCAGAAAUUUGCAACCCUUCUGCAUCCCCAAAAGAUCUGGAAGAUUCCAGCCCUUCUGCAUCCCCAGGGAAUCCAGAACUCUCCAGCACCUCUGCAUUCCCAGAGAAUCCAGAAGUUUCCAGCCCCUCUGCAUCCCCAGGGAAUCCAGAAGUUUCCAGCCCCUCUGCAUCCCCAGGGAAUCCAGCAGCUCCCAGCUCAGCACCAGCCCAGCCAAACCUCACAGAUGUCACCUUGCACGAGCAAAACCCCGAAUCCAAAGGGCUCCUGAGGAGGGAGAGGAACCUCCUGCUGCCCAUGCUGGUGGCUGCUCUGGUGCUGGUGCUGCUCAUCAUUGUGCUGCUGUUCAUGGUGAAGCUGAGGAAAGCUCACGGGGUGUGGAAGAGAGAAAAUGAUGUUUCAGAGCAGACACUGGAGAGUUAUAAAUCCAGAUCUAACGAAGACAGUCCAGGCCAUGAGAAGAACGGCCAAGCUGGAAAUCCCAAGUCCAACAUGCAAUAUGUAACAGAAGGACACCUGGAAACCCCAGAGAAGAAUCUGGAAACCCCAGAGAAGACUCUGGAAGCCCCAGAGGAGACUCUGGAAGCCCCAGAGGAGACUCUGGAAGCCCCAGAGGAGACUCUGGAAGCCCCAGAGAAGGCUCUGGAAGCCCCAGAGGAGACUCUGGAAGUCCCAGAGGAGACUCUGGAAGUCCCAGAGAAGGCUCUGGAAGUCCCAGAGAGGAAUCUGGAAGCCCCAGAGAAGGCUCUGGAAGCCCCAGAGGGGAGCCCAGGUGCCAAGAGCGGGGCAGUGAAGGAGGAGAUGUUCUGGUGUGGAAGGGAGACGGAUGUGUAGCGGGGCAGGAGCUGCAGUUCCUGAGCUCCCUAGGGAAGGUUUCAGGGAUCUUGGCUUGAGGGAGCAGCAGGGUCAGGAGCUCCAUCCCAAAGGCACCUGGGGUGGUUUUGUCACCCAGCAGGGCAGGGAGGUGGGGCUGGAGCUGCUGGGAACCUGGCCUGAGUCACCUGGGACCUUCAGAGCACAUCAGGAACCUCUGCCACCCACAGCUCAGCACCUCAGGUGUCCCUGGAAACCUGGCCAGAGUCACCUGGAACCUUCCAAACAUGUCAUGAACCUCUGCCACCCACAGCUCAGCACCUCAGGUGUCCCUGGAAACCUGGCCAGAGUCACCUGGAACCUUCCAAACAUGUCAUGAACCUCUGCCACCAACAGCUCAGCACCUCAGGUGCUCCUGGGACCCCAAACCUGAGUCACCUGGAACCUUCCAAACAUGUCAUGAACCUCUGCCAUGAACAGCUCAGCAGCUGAGAUGGUCCUAGAAACCUGGCCAGAGUCACCUGGAACCUUCAGAGCACAUCAGGAACCUCUGCCACCCACAGCUCAGCACCUCAGGUGUCCCUGGAAACCUGGCCAGAGUCACCUGGAACCUUCCAAACAUGUCAUGAACUGCCUCAAAUAGCUCAGCACCUCAAGUGCUCCUGGGACCCCAAACCUGAGUCACCUGGGACCUUCAGAGCACAUCAGGAACCUCUGCCAUGAACAGCUCAGCACUCAGGUGCUCCUGGGACCCCAAACCUGAGUCAUCUGGAACCUUCAGAGCACAUCAGUAACCUCUGCCAUGAACAGCUCAGCACCUCAGGUGCUCCUGGAGACCUGGCCAGAGUCACCUGGGACCUUCCAAACACAUCAGGAACCUCUGCCACCCACAGCUCAGCGCCUCAGGUGCUCCUGGAGCCCUGGCCAGAGUCACUGGGACCCUCAGAACAUGCCAUGAACCUCUGCCAUGACCAGCUCGUCCCCCCCAGCAGCAAUCAGCGCCCUGGCAGGACACCCAGACCCAAACUGGGAUAUUUCUGAUGGAUUUUGUCACCUCCUCUGUGACCUCAGGUGCUACAAACCAGCUGUGACUUCUCUUUUCUCCCUGGGACUUGAAGCUGGGUUUAACCAAGCUGGGAAGCGGCCUGGUGGCUAAAGGGUUAAAAAUAAAAAACCAGCAGCAAUCCAACCCCAAUUCUUCGCUGAUUUGGUGGCUCUGUGAAGGGGACAUUCCCCACGGGCUGCCCAAGUGCUGGGAUGAGGGCAGCAGGAGGGCUGGGGCUUCUCCCGGGCCUUACAGGAGCCCUCCCUGCUCCAGGAGGGUAAAAGCAAAUCCCUAAAAUAAAGGAAAUGUGAAUUACAA